AUGGCCAAAGCGCUCAGCGCCAGGCUGGCAGCUGCGGACCCCCGGGUACUGGCCUUAGCUGCUCAGGUCACUGAGAGCAGGGAACAGGACAUCCCCCUGCUACUUCUGAAGUUAAAGGGAAUUUUACAUAGUGCUUCCUUGGGAUAUGAAGAAUCAAAAAAAAUUAAGCAAGAUAUAUAUGAUUAUGAUCUUACUCAGUACUGCAUGCUGAUCCUUAGACAAGACCACUCUCGACUGCGUGGAGGCUGGGCUACUGCUGCCCAGCUAGCAGAGAUACUAAGUCAUUGUUGUGUAGGACUAGAGGUGAAAGAAGUUCCUGAGGAAUUUUACAAGAAAUUUCUUCCUUCGGCUAUAGACAACCUGCUGGUUUUGGGAAGACGCUUGCAAGCACGGUUUAUCAGAGUAAUCAAGGAUGAAGAAAAACAAGAUUUUUUGCGCUGGUUCCAAACAGUAACUGAUGCCAUCUGCUGGCUGUUCGGUGGGCAUAUUCAACUAGCAGCCUGUGUACUGCAAAAUGAUCACUUCCUGCAGCUGUUAAUAACAGAUGAUGUUGAAACAGCAAUUAUAAUGAUGUCUGUUUUACACAAUAUUUUGAGGGUCAAUAGUUCUGUCUUGCUUCAGGUUGAUGAAGAGACCCUUCACUCUGUUUUGGAUGAACUUGUUUAUAAGCUUUCAUCUACCACCAAUCCUGUCAUAGGAAAUGCUGCUACAAAACUGCUAUUGUUGGUGGCAAAAUUUUGCAAGCAGCUCGUGAAGUUACUCACAGCUCGCUACAAAGGAUUAAAGGGGCUUUUAAGUAAACAAUGGACUGGCAAAGGAUUUGACAGGGAUCUCAGUCAACUCUUGGACCUGCUGUACCUGGAACAGUCCAAUGGAAAAGGAGAAAUGCAGAGGCAGCAUCAAGCAGCUUGUAAAAUCCAGGCUAUGUGGAGGGGAUUUCAGACAAGGAGAAGGCUGAAAAAACUACCCCAAGCAGUGACCACUUUACAGAGAAGCUUCAGAGCGAAACGGGAACAGGAGCUGCAGCAUUUAAAAAAACAGAAGGAAGAUGAGGCUCUCAAACUGCAAAUGCGACUUCAGAGGCAGAAGGCCAUGAGAGUCUUCCAUGAACGACAGCUGGCCUCGCUGGAAAUAAUCCAUGCCAGUCAGGUAAACAAGUACAUGGAGGAAAUGGAGGGGAAAUCAGCAUUAACUAUCCAGAGAUUCUGGCGAGGGUAUAGAGCAAGAAGAAAUUUUCAUCAACAAAGACAGUCUCUGAAGGAGUAUAAAGCAGCUGUCAUCAUCCAGAGAGCAGCUUGUAAAUUCUUGGAAAAACGAAGAAGGAGGAGAGCCCUCUCUCCUUGGAAAGGUCCCAAGGGACUGACUGAUGAGCAGAGACUAGCUUUGCAGCAGAAGGUGGAUGAAUACAUCAAAUUGCAUCCGGCUUCCCAAAUGUCAGAAGAAAUGAGUAAAGAAUUACAUAUGCAGGCCCAGGAAAAGCUGGCACAGUUCCUGUUGAGGAGCAGACUGGAUCAGAGAGCAGCACAGCGAAGAGAGACAUUACUGGCUCAGGUCAACACCGAUGUGGAGCUGCUAAUGAAUGCCCCAGGGUUGGCAGAGACCACAGAAAAAGAUCUUGACGUGUUUAUGAGCCGAUCAAUCCCUGUAGCUGCCAAGGCAAGACAAUCCCACAACACUAUGCUGAAAUACACUCGCUGGCCGUGGUGGAAGAAGCUUGGAGAUGAAUUUGUGGAGGAUGAUGUCAUUCCUGAUGAUGCCCUAAAUGCAGAAGCAGAACUGGAAACUCUAUUUAUUGGUGGAAGGAAAUCCCUUUAG